GAGCACAUAAGAUGGAAGUUAUUUUAGCAAAAGUUUGAAUUUCUAAAGAGAAAAUUCUAAAGCGAGUUUAGUAAUUUUUUUAUAAUAACGGUUGCCGAUUUUGAUACGCAGCUGUCAUCUGUCAUUUAAUUUUUAACAGUUAGGCGCCUUUUUGUGUCAUUCAUAAUUAUAAAACUUUGUAAAAAUCUGUUAAUAACAACACAGUGUUAUCUUUUUAUAUUUUUGUUAAGAAUUGGUGUUUUUUUGUUGUUUGCAGUAACCGGACGUUGUGAGAGAUGGCUGAUGUUGCAUUAGAUCCUCAGAAUUCCAACCCAAAAGAACUGUUUGGUCAAGGGGUUCGAGCUUACGUCUUGCAGGAUUUUGAGACCGCUGUUCGGGCUUUCAGCAAGGCUAGUGAGCUUUUGGCCGCUGAGCAUGGAAGCGAUAUUCAUGAUUCUCUCGGUGAUGUUUAUCUCUAUUAUGGCAAGUCUUUGUUAGAAUUGUCGAGGAAAGAAAGUGGACCAUUGGGAGAUGGUGUUUUGAAAAACGUGGAAGAAGAGUCAGAGUCGGAAGAAGUGGAAGAAAACGAAGCUGGAGAGGAAGAGGAGACCAAACCAGUCAAUGGAGAGGCGACCAAGACUGAGGAAAAUAAAACUGAAGAAGAAACGGGUAAAAACAAACCAUCAGCUGAAGGAGAAGGGGAUAAAAAAGACGACAAACCAUCAACUGAAGAAGAAACGGAUAAAAAAGACGACAAACCACCGGCUGAAGAAAGUGGAAGUUCCGAAGAAAAGAAAGAAGGUGAGGAAACCGAAGAUGAGUUAACGGAUCUUCAAGUAGCGUGGGAAGUCUUAGAAUUAGCUAAACGUAUUUUCACUAAUCGGGGUACCGAAGGGAAGAAAAACCUAGCGGAAACUCUAAUUGUUCUCGGGGAGAUAUCUCUAGAAAGUGGUAAUUUUUCCUCGGCUAUCGAAGACAUGACCCAGGGACUAGAAAUCCAAAAAAACAUUUUCGGAAAUGACAGUCGCACUAUAGCAGAAACCUGUUACAAAUUAGGAGGGGCGUACUCAACCAAUGGCCAGAUCGACGAAGCUGUCGCAAGUUUUAACUCUUCAUACGAAUAUUUACAAAACAAAAUCACCAGUUUGAAAAAAGAUGAGAACAAAGAGUCCAAUAGUGAAGAAAUCGAAGAGCUCAAUAGUCUUAUUCCUGAAAUUCAAGAAAAGAUUGCUGAUAUGAAAAAUUUGAAAAGCGAGAUUGCUAAUAAAGUGACCUCUUCUAUUGAAGAUGAGACUGCCCCAAAAACAAACGGGAAUGCAGGAGCUUCGUCAUCGAAACAAGUGAAUGAUAUCUCCCAUUUGGUAAAACGUAAGAGAAAGGAGGAAGAGCCCCAGGAAGAAAAUCCAGCCAAAAGGCCUUCGCCCUAGACAUUUGGUUUCAGCUAGGCAUUAAAAUUGAACUGUGUGUAUUAUAUCUAGGUCAAGUUCGUAUUGGUAAUAAAUUGUUCUUUGUGUUUCUCUUUUCUUACUUUAAUAAAUUAUUUUUUCAUA